ACGAGGGUGGUCGCGUACAGUUAGCAGGGAAACUCAACCCUAUUGACGAAUACGAGAAACUAUACGCAACUUUAAUUAAAAUGGUUUAUUCACAAUUUUGUGUUAAAAACUAGUGAGGUGUUGAUAAUAGUGCUGUGGCUUUCGAUUGGAUUCAAACCAAAGGCUGUUAAAACCUGCUUAAAGUUAUAAGGAAGACGACGAUGACGGCCGCCCACUCAUCAGUAUGGAGGUGAAGAAGCAUGACAAGCCUGGCAGCCUGUCCCCCGUGAAGCUAUCAGUGAAGAGAGACAGUGGGGACGAAGGCAAGUCCUCGAGGUCCAGCAGUAAGAGUGAGAAGGAAUUGAGGCUACCACCAGAGAAGUCGCCGAGUGAAGAUGCUGCGCUAAGACGGGAGAGGAGACUCUCUAAGGCUAGUGAUAGCUCUAAAGAGACUUUGGAAAGGCAAGAUUCCAAAUCCACGUCACUGUCCAGCCCAAAGGUCUCCCGUAAAUACUUCACAAAUUGGCGUCAGGCAUGUGACAAGACGAAGGAUAAGACCAAGGAACUGCUGAAGCGCUGGAGGACACUGCCAGAGUCUGAGGGAGCUGAGUCACCGAUGCAGGCCGCAGGGAACAGCGAGGACGAUAAGCAUCGAGGGUGGAGUGUCCACGUUUGGACAACAUGGGUGAACCGGUGCAGCGAAGACUUGGAAUGCCUGGAUUUGGAAGACGAGCAGCCCCUUGCCCAGCUCAGUUCCAUGCAAACAGACAAGAUGACCCUCUUCUUCACCGAGCUACUGGACCACGACCGAGAUGACGUCAUCAUAGACACAGAUUUCGACCAAUUCUUCGAGCGGUUGGCGCAUUUUGCGGACUGGUCGCCUAACUCAUCCGAGUUCCACAUACUGCUUGAAGUAAAGCGGGAAUUUAUAGACCACUUCAUCAAUCCGUUGCCAGCCAAAUGGGGUGAUCUGCCGUAUUAUAGAAAGGUGUGUGGCCCCGAAGCGAGCGGGAUCAACAUGCCAGGCAGGACUACUCUGGACGGCUGGCUGGCUCGGUGGGCACUACACCUCAGUGAGAUGAAACGGUUCACAGACCUUCCUCUGUAUCUGCAGUACCUCUGCAAGAUACUUUUCCACGUGAUUGAUAGGACGAAUACAGGUGCUAUAACCAAACCAGCGCUGGGCGCCUUUUACCGGUCGGUGAUCGGGCUGAAUGCGGCGCGAGUUGACGAGAUUAUAGACACGGCAUACGAUCGCAUGACUAGCAAUGGUUACUUAAUACUGGACUACGGGACUUACGUCCACUGCUUCACAAACUGGCUGAUGGGCAAGAACCCCAAUGGGCCAGGCCAGUGGGUCCUAGUUCCUCCAAAGGACUCACUGCCCCAACCUCCGUUCCCCGUUGACUACAGUGCCCUCAACACGGAGCCUGCGAAGCUAGAGCCCUAUGCACCAGACAAGAAGACAAACAGACAUUCAGUCAUCGUCUGAAGACUAAGAAUAUUUGCCCUAAAAAGUCAAUUCUACACGUGUUCCAAUUUUGGUAUAUUGUGGAACACUCGACUGCGUCCUAGAUCUAAAAAUUGAUCUGAUAUGUUCCCGGCAUCCUUCGUAGAUUGAGAAGACCUGCCAUUGUGAAAGUAGUUCUGUCAAAAACCUAGGAAUUGAUGCACUACGCUUUUUGUAAAGGACUAUAAAUAUGUGUAAAUCCCAUUCCGGUCAACUGAACAUUGUACCUAUAAUGCUAGACUAAUGUAAAUUAGAUUUCUCGUCUGAACGAUAAACAAUAUGCAGUAGGUACAGUACUUUAAUUCUGGACCGACAACAAUAUAUAAACCUAAUCCUAAUGGAAAUUGAUGUGUGCAAUUAUCUACCUAAUUAGAUUACACCUUCGUAUGUUUUAUUAGGUGAUUUUGCGAAGACUUUUAGCUAAAUUACGUUCAGAUAAGCCCUUAUUUGUACGGCUUUUUGAUAUAGGACAAAGUUACUAUAAUUCUUCGUAAAAUAACUGUACAAUGAAAAUUUAUUAGUUACAUAAGUCUCUCUGUAACUGCCUUAAACCUAAUGAUUUACUUUGUACCUACUAGAUUUGCUUGAAGAUAAAACGAAUGCUUUACGUAAGGUGUUAAACGUGCAAUUCGACCAAUUCUUGUCUCUUAUAUUAGAUCUUGAUGUAAGUCGUUGUAAAUAGUAGUAAUUAAUGAUGCACGGUAUGCAAGAACUGCCUUAAAAUAAGCAUAUUCACAUCUCACGACAUAGCCUUAUUUUAUACCCUAGAUGUACUUAAUUGUAAGUAGGUAUUGUGUAAGUUACUUUAAAUAUACUAGAUAUCUACACUUUGAUUCACUGAAAUAAACCCUUUCGUUUGUUUA